UGCAUGUGUUCAGUUCCUGCUGCUGUUGGUGUGUUCGGGUGUGUGUGUGUGUUUUAUGACGCUUGUUUCACUUCGUUUGGCAUUAACGCCCGAUCAGAUGAGCUCCUGACCGCGACAGCAGUAUGACUGACGGUCUGGAUGAGAAGAAUCCGAUUUGACGUUGAUGCUGAGACGAAAACAGCUGUUAAUGCCAUAAAAAAUGCGCUUUAUUGAGACGAGACUGCUGUUAGAGAGCUGAAGAUGCGAUUCAACGAGAAAGAGCUGGUGUUCCUGAGCCGCCAGCCCUCAGAGAGAGCGGCCGAGCUGGGCAUGAGAGGCCCGAAAAAAGGAGACGUUGUGAAGAGGCGUCUAGUGAAACUGAUCGUUAAUUUCCUGUUUUACUUUCGGACCGAUGAGGACGAGCCCAUCGGCGCGCUGCUUUUGGAACAAUGUCGUGUGGAGAAAGAAGACAAUCAUGUUUUCUCCAUCGUGUUUCUGGACGAAGGCGAGAGGAAGUAUUUGUUUGAAUGCGAUUCUCAGGAACAGUGUGUCGAGUGGAUCGACGCCAUCGUUAAAGCCAGUUAUGAAUUCAUGCGUAAGAACCUGAUCCACUAUCGCACAGAAAUCCAUCGACUGACCGGCAAGGACCCACUGGAGCAGUAUGGGAUAUCAGACGAGACGCGCUUUCAGGUCAACAGUGGUCUUCCUCCGCUGCCUCCACCGCCCACAUAAACUCGCUUUUGGGGUUUUUUGCUUGUUUUUUCUUCUUUUACUGUCUGCCAGUAUCCAUCACUGUACAUUUUGACCUCUGUAACCAUUCAAUUUAAGUGUGUUAUGGGGGGAAAUAUGUAAUGUUACUGUAAUGAAUGUCUGCUGAGUUUGAGCCAAUUGCAAUUAAAGUUUCUUCCCGAUAUCAAGGUCAUCGUUAACGAGGACAAACUGAA